CAGCUGAGCAGCGGCGAGGGUGUUGUUUUCCUGCUUUCUUCUCAGCUGGAUUAACGAAGAUUUGAUCGGCUGUGGAUUUGUGAGUGAAAUCGGUUACACCAUACAGAAUGGGCCAGCAUGUCUCCAGGACGGACUUCGAGUGGACGUACACGGAGGAGCCGCACGCAAGCCGGCGUAAAAUGAUUCUAGAAAAGUACCCGCAGAUCAAAAAGCUGUUCGGUUACGAUCCCCAGUUCAAGUGGGUAGCGAGCGCAAUGGUCCUGACACAAUUCGCUAUGCUGUUCGUCGUGAAAGACCAAUCGUGGAAAAUUAUUUUUCUCCUGGCCUACUGCUUGGGUGGAGUGAUCAAUCAUUCGCUUAUGUUAGCAUGCCACGAGAUAGCACACAAUCUGGCGUUUGGACACGCGCGACCGAUGGCGAAUCGAUUGUUUGGCUUCUUUUGUAACCUUCCGAUCGGGUUACCGAUGUCGGUAUCGUUCAAAAAGUACCAUCUGGAGCACCACCGUUAUCAGGGCGACGAAGUGAUCGACACGGAUCUUCCCACAUACUUGGAAGCGAAGCUGUUCUGCACAACGCUUGGCAAAUUCUUCUGGGUGUUCUUGCAGCCGAUGUUUUACAUCUUUCGUCCGCUCGUCGUGAAUCCUAAGCCACCUCAGAAAUUGGAGCUGGUCAACGGUGUCAUCCAGCUGGUGUUCAACACGAUAGUUGUGUACUACUUUGGCUGGAAAGUGAUGGUUUAUCUGAUCGUCGGGUCGCUACUAGCGAUGGGACUGCAUCCCGUUGCCGGGCAUUUCAUUUCCGAGCACUACAUGUUUGCCAAAGGCUUCGAAACAUACUCCUACUAUGGUCCACUGAACUGGAUCACCUUUAACGUGGGAUAUCACAACGAGCAUCACGAUUUCCCGGCCGUCCCCGGGCGAUUAUUACCCGAAGUGAAGCGCAUCGCGCCAGAGUUUUACGACAACAUCCCGCAGCAUACAUCCUGGACACGCGUACUAUAUGAUUUUAUCACCGACCCCACCAUAGGACCCUACGCUAGGAUUAAGCGUAAGGCGCGUGGCUUGGACUCGUAAAGCUGAUAUUAUAAGCAGAUUUAAGGAGUAUACAUAUUGUUGUACAAGGAUUGUUGGAGUUGAGAAUGGUGUUGACUUAUGAUGAUUAUAGCAAAGAUCUACUAUUUGCCUAGGGCAGACAACAAAAAAAGGGACAAAAUCAGAAAGGAGGAAUCUAAAAAGAUGGAUAUAUUUAAUGAGUAUUGAAACAAAUGUAGGUACGUAUAUCUACAUUUGCAGGUUUACUUAUCACGAGGGUGUUACGUUUAUUUUACUUACACUUGGCAUUCGAACGCUACAUGCUGAUGCAAAAUUAAGAUGCUUAAUGAGCAAGAAAAGCCUAAGUUU